AUGGAUUCCCCAAAGGCAGGCCUGGACCUGGAAAAGGAGUUGACGUGCUCUAUAUGCACCGAUCUCCUAUACCAGCCCCUUACGCUUCUUGACUGCCUCCACACCUUUUGCGGUUCCUGCCUCAAGGAGUGGUUCGGCUUCCAGGCGGCGACGAUUGAACGAAACCCCAUUCCACCAACGCCCGAUGCCGUCCUCUUCACCUGCCCGUCAUGUCGCGCCCCUGUCCGGGACACGAGACACAAUGCUACUGUCGUGACCCUGCUCGACAUGUUUAUCACGGCCCAGCCGGAAAAAGGCCGUUCGAAAGAGGAAAAGGAAGAGAUGGGCCUCAAGUACAAACCGGGCGACCAGGUGCUGCCGAAGAUUGCCACCCGGCAGAGAACAGAGGAUGAGAGGCGGGCCGACGAGGAGGAACAGAGACUAGUCGAAGAAGUCAGACUGAUUAGCCUGCAAGAGGCCACACCCGAUUCAGCGAGACAACGCUCUACCUCGACUGGCGGGGACGGCAGCAGCGAGUUUGAUGCCCGUCGUCGCAGGGCCCACGAGCGAGAGGGGAGCAGCAGCAGCAGCAGUCGUCGGCCACCCACCGCGCCACGUCGUAGUAUUGAUUACCUAGAUCCCGAGAGCGGCGACCGCAGGUCGCGAAGGACGCGCACCGACCGCGACCGCCAAGUCGAGCACCAGUCGUCCCUACGGUCGCUCAUCAGCUCGGCUGACAUGAGCGAGCGUGACAUCGAGAGGGAAAUCGAGGAUUUCGCCCGCCAGAUUCAGGAGGAAGGCCUGCUUGAAGGCCUCGACCUUGACAACAUCGAUCUUGCACGCGACGAUGAGCUCAGCCGCCGCAUCACCGAAGCCUAUAGGCGUCGGCAGAGGGAGAAAAUCCACAGCGAUAUGACGAGAAGGAGCAACGCCAGUGGACAGAGCGGGUCGUACCGCCCGUCCCCCGAGCCGACGUCAGACUCGAGACCGGGGACGGCGAUGUCAGCUCAGCGGGGUAGCAGUAGCAGAUCUAGCAGCCAGCAACGUCGCGUCCAUUCGAGGUCGGCGAGUGCCUCGCGUCCGUCAGAGGAUAGGAGCAGGCCUCCGCCGUCUAUGUCAGCUAGUCUCGACAUUAGGGAUGCCGGUGCGCCCCGUACAAGAAGGAGGACCCGGAGUGGCGGACGGAGCAUAACUGCCCCACCGCCCUCUAUGCUUUCCGCCCCUGAUACCCGACCAGCCGCACGGUCCCAGACGGACUUGCUCCUAGGUGAUGGCGAGGCAUCAUCGUCUAGGCUCGGUCUCGUCCCGGGGCCCGCUCAAGGCGGCCGACGAAGCUCCAGCACGCCCAACGUCCCGGUGUCGAACCCACCGCCUGCACCAGCACCGCAGCAGCCGCUGGAGCUUCCCGCAGCCAACCUUCAAUCCUUUGCUAACAGGAUGCCACGCGAGGCACCUGCCGAGUUCCGGGGCACAUCUCCGACAUCCCGUCAACCAGCAACGCCGCCUGAGCCGUCUGGCCAUCAUGAAUCAUCCCUUGCGGCAGCGCCAACGGCGGCGAUAGCGCACAGUCCAGUAGACCUAGCCGUGCUUUUUCCUGAGCCGUCCAUCUCGUGCACACGGUGCCGCAAGACGCACAUCGAGUACGAGCUUCACUACAACUGCUACGUGUGCAACGAUGGCCAAUGGAACAUCUGUCUUGACUGCUACCGCACCGGCAAGGGGUGCCAGUAUUGGUUCGGCUUCGGGUACGCCGCGUGGAAUAAGUGGGAGAGAGCGCGCCAGCAGCACAAGGGUGACAAGCCACUCCCCAAACCGCACAUGCUGACGGCCUGCCGGUACACACCUCCGCCGUCGACACCUGGUGGAGCCAACGGGAGGAAGACUCUUACUACGGACGACCCCAAAAAGCGCCUCGAGACCGGGACCUUCUGUGCCCGCUGCCUGGUGUGGACAAACGAGUGCUACUGGCGGUGCAAUGUGUGCAACGACGGAGACUGGGGCUUCUGCAACAACUGCGUCAAUCAGGGGAAGUCUUGCUCGCACCCGUUACUCCCCCUAACACAUGAAGAGGAACUGCAACAAAUGCAGCAGCGGCAUCCUUCAUCCCCCAACACCCGGCCACACAGCAUGCCGUCUUCGGCCAGCAUCCUCACCGGCCCCACGUCCUCUAAUAUAGGACCCUUUAAGCCCCUCACGUUCAACACCAGCUGCGACGUCUGCCAAGAUACCAUCCCGCCCUUAGAGCCACGGUACCACUGCUACAGCUGCACGAGUGCCCUAAUUCCAGACGCCACCCCGGGAGACUACGACAUUUGCUACACGUGCUACGGCAACCUCGUUGAGCACGACGAGAUCAGCCCCGAGAACGGGCAUUCGGGGUGGAGGAGGUGCCUCAGCGGACACAGGAUGGUGAUAGUGGGCUUCACAGAGGGCAAGAUUGGCCAGUGGCGUUACAUUGACUCCGAUCUCGUGGGCGGGAGGGCGCUGCGGCAGGAACCCUACUAUGGAGACGACGGAGACGGGGAUGGAAAGGGAGGGGUCCAGCUCUACGAGAAGUGGUCGUGGGAGAAGGAGCCCGGUGCCACGAAAUGUGAGCGCCUCGUCACGAGGGAUGUCAGGGGUACGGCUCCCGCCACCGCCAAUAGCGAAGAGUUCCCGCCUGAUGGAGGAGCAGGCCGGACGGGUUUCGCCCGCUGGCCGUGGUAUCCACGACCUGGAGUGGAUAAUGAGCUCUUGUUCCCGCGCGGAGCUGAGAUUACGGAUAUCAAGCUUAUCAGUGGAGAGUGGUACCUGGGUUCGUACAUGGCUGACAGGGGCCUAUUUCCCGCAAAGUAUAUACAGCUCGAGGAAGAGUCGGCAUGA